AUGAAGUUUUCGUCAUCUUGCUCGGUCGUCUUCAGUGCACUCAUGCUGCUGCUCACCGGUCCCGUCAACGUCGCCGCCCAAUGCAGUGACGUCCACAUCGUCUUCGCUCGUGGAAGUGGCGAAAUGCCUGGGUUUGGUAUCUGCGGGACACCAUUGGUGAGCGGCAUCAAGUCCAAUCUCGCAGGCCUGAGUGUCUCGUCCUACGCAGUCAACUACCUGGCUUCAGUAGCUCAAACCAGUGCCGGUCCGGGUGCCACCGACAUGACCAACCAGGUCAAAGCCGUGGCUCAGCAGUGCCCAAACACUGUGUUCGUGCUUGGCGGGUACUCUCAAGGGGCUAGCGUCACCGACAUCGCCAUCGGUAUCAAGACGAUGCUCGGCGUCGGUGCAAGUAUCCCGGAGGAAUUAGCGCCUCGUAUCAAGGCCAUCGUGACAUUCGGCAACCCGUUGAAGCUCAUGGGCCAAACCAUCGCAAGAUCCAGCCAGCUGUACGGUUCCAAGGCGAUCGAGUUCUGCAACUUGGGUGACCCGGUGUGUGCCAACGGCUUCAACACGAUGGCCCACAUUACGUACCCAAUGGAUGGGAGCGUGACUAAAGCGGCGGCCCAAGCUGCGGCGUUAGUGAAGGGCAACGCAAGGGCGUUGCGUGGAUGA